CCGCCGGGGAAGAGGUGGCGGCGGCUGAGGCGGCGGCGGCGGCGGCGGAGCCGGGAGUCUGGGAACGCGAGCGGGGAUGGUAGGUGCUUUGGACCCGCCGGGCCGCCGUCCUCGCCAGAAAGGGUUUCCCUGGAGGAACCUCUGGAGCAACUGUUGGCUGGUUCCUCUGGCUGAUGGCAUGUUGAGAUUCAAGGGCCGGUGGCAGCGAGGGCUUCUGAUCCAGAGGGGACCACUCUAGAGGCCAGGCCACCAGUACCAUGGGCCAGUGUGUCACCAAGUGCAAGAAUCCCUCAUCGACCCUGGGCAGCAAGAAUGGAGACCGUGACCCCAGCAGCAAGUCACACAGCAGGCGGGGUGCAGGCCACCGCGAGGAGCAGCCGCCGGCCUGUGGCAAGCCAGGAGGGGAUAUCCUCGUCAAUGGGACCAAGAAGGCAGAGGCUGCCACGGAGGCCUGCCAGCUGCCCACGUCCUCGGGAGAUGCUGGGAGGGAGCCCAAGUCCUGUGCCGAGGAGUCUUCCUUGCAGAGGUUGGAGGAACUGUUCAGGCGCUACAAGGAUGAGCGGGAGGAUGCAAUUUUGGAGGAAGGCAUGGAGCGCUUUUGCAAUGACCUCUGUGUUGACCCCACGGAGUUUCGAGUGCUGCUCUUGGCUUGGAAGUUCCAGGCUGCUACCAUGUGCAAAUUCACCAGGAAGGAGUUUUUUGAUGGCUGCAAAGCAAUAAGUGCAGACAGCAUCGAUGGGAUCUGUGCGCGGUUCCCCAGCCUCUUGACCGAAGCCAAACAAGAGGACAAGUUCAAGGACCUGUACCGGUUUACAUUUCAGUUUGGCCUAGACUCUGAAGAAGGGCAGCGGUCACUGCAUCGGGAAAUAGCCAUUGCCCUGUGGAAGCUAGUCUUUACCCAGAACAACCCGCCCGUGUUGGACCAGUGGCUACACUUCCUGACAGAGAACCCUUCGGGGGUCAAGGGCAUCUCCCGGGACACUUGGAAUAUGUUCCUAAACUUCACUCAGGUGAUCGGCCCCGACCUCAGCAACUACAGCGAAGACGAAGCCUGGCCCAGCCUCUUCGACACCUUCGUGGAGUGGGAGAUGGAGCGGAGGAAGCGGGAGGGCGCGGGGGGCGGCGCACGCAGCUCAGGGCCCGGGGGCUCGUGUCCCCAGGAGCAGACUUAGUGCUCCGGCCCCGGAGCCCACCGAGGAACGGACCUUUCUGGAAAUUACCGAAGAUCCGGAUAUUUUCUACUUUACACCUUUCUCUGCCUUGUAUCUGAAAGGGCUCUAAAAUGCUGUAUCAUGUUUUAGGCACUUUCUUCACUUUUUGGUUAUUUUGGUUAUUUCCUUUUUUGGGGGGUCCCCCAAAACAUUUGAACCUGGCUACAUGUUAUGUAUCUUUUUUUUAAGCAUUCAGAUAGAGUAAGCCUGCCAUUUCUUGCACAAAUAGAUGUUUGUGGGGGGAGGGCGUCAGCGGGACCAGCGGUCCACUUAGCUGACAUUAGACACCAGUGCAGGUCUGUGCCUCCACGGGGCAGGUCUGUGCUGUGUGCGGUGCUGUUUACAUGUUGAAUUGCGGUUGUGAUAAUUUUUAAAGAUUUACCCGGAGUUGACUAGCAGUGUUAACUGUUACCCACGUUGCAUUAGUUCCUUGUGAGUUAAAGCCCUUGGAGAGCCAGGGCCGCCAAACGUGUCCUCUGGUGACAGCCCACCCCGCCCCGCUAGCUGGCCCGCACCUGCUCCCCGCACGUCCCUCUGACCAUUGCAUUGCGUUUCAUGCCGAUGCCCGCCGCCCGCCGCACGCGGUCUGCCAGGCAAGUGAGCGGAGUCUGGAGCCACCCGCAGCCAGAGCUCCGAGGGCAGAGAAAGCAGCGCUACCUCAGUUUGGCUGGAAGCAGUCUUUGACAGGUGUUUCUCUUUUAUGAAAUUUUCUGUAUUUUCAUGCUGUAAGUGGAAAUGCUUUUUUUUUUUCUUUUUUCAUUUACCUUGGAGCCAAAGUUUCUGUUCCUGGUGGUCGGAAACUGCCUGCCAGCCACCGGGCCCGAAGGAAAACUGUGGUAUGGAGCUCUGCUUAAAUACUUCCUUAGAAAACGUGGAUACAUGAGCUUGCUUGUCUGGCAAGUGCAGCAGCCUGGCUGGCCCAAACGCUGCCAGCGUAGCGCGUCUUUACUAGCGAGCGUGUGCCCUUCCUUCUUGCUGCGCCGUGUCGUCCCUCACCCCGGGCAUUAUUUAUUGUCUGUGAUGUCAGGCCAUCGGGGUGAUGUGAUGGCUGUUUAGGUUUACAUUGCCCUCUUCUCCUUCCCCUCCCCACAUAUGUAUAUGUACAUAUAUAGGAUAUGUAUAUAUCUUACCUAUCUAAAUAUAUAUGUACACAUAUAUGUAUCUAUAUUCCCCUUUGCCUGCUAAAACUGGCCCGAGAGGAGGGAGAGGAGGGCCGGGAAGCGAAGGGAUGGAGCUUCUGAAUCUGAGUGCAGACCAUUUCACUAACGAGAAGAUGACUUUCUCAGCUCUUUCCUCACAAUAGGGAGCCCAGUCCCCAGACUCCUGCGCCCACUCCCCAAGGCCAGCUGGGGACACUGCCCAGGAGCUGGCUGUCCUACCUCGCUCAGUGAGGGCUGUCCUUUCCCCUGGACCCCGUCCUCCGAGCCUGUGCUGGAAGGGGGGCGGAGGGGCUUGGGGCCAGGUGGAAAGGGAGUCUUUUAAAUAAACGUAUGAAACACUUA